AAGUCAGUUCGUCCGUCAGUCCGUCAGUCCGUCGGUCCGUCCGUCCGAGCGUGAGCGGGGCCGGGAGGAGGCGCGGGAGGCCGGGAGCGGGCCGAGGCGGGCUGUCUGCGGCCCCGAGCCGAGGCUGAGCUUCCGGAGCGUUUCAGCGACUCGUGCGCUUCCAAGAAGACGGUUUGAGUUGAACACGAGUGACUGUGAUCCCAAGUUUCAGCCUUUGGAGCUCUUCCUCGACUUGUGAAGAAAUGUCUGUCACUUACGAUGAUUCUGUCGGCGUAGAGGUUUCCAGUGAUAGCUUCUGGGAGGUUGGAAACUACAAGCGGACGGUCAAGAGGAUUGAUGAUGGCCACCGACUCUGCAAUGACCUCAUGAACUGUAUCCAUGAGCGGGCACGCAUCGAGAAGGCCUACGCGCAGCAGCUCACGGAGUGGGCCAAGCGGUGGAAGCAGCUUGUGGAAAAGGGUCCACAGUAUGGGACUGUCGAAAAGGCCUGGAAUGCCAUGAUGUCUGAAGCGGAGAAGGUGAGCGAGCUGCACCUGGAUGUGAAGGGCUCGCUGAUGAACGAGGAUUUUGAGAAGAUCAAGAAUUGGCAGAAGGAGGCGUUUCAUAAGCAGAUGAUGGGGGGGUUCAAGGAGACCCGAGAGGCAGAGGAUGGAUUCAGGAAGGCCCAGAAGCCCUGGGCAAAGAAGCUCAAAGAGGUGGAGGCGUCCAAGAAAGCGUACCAUGCUGCCUGCAAGGAGGAGAAGCUGGCCGUGUCGAGGGAGACCAACAGCAAAGCGGACCCUGCCCUCAACCCAGAGCAGCUCAAGAAGCUCCAGGACAAAGUCGAGAAGUGCAAGCAAGACGUGCUCAAGACCAAGGACAAGUAUGAGAAAUCCCUGAAGGAGUUGGACCAGGCUACCCCCCAGUACAUGGAGAACAUGGAGCAGGUGUUCGAACAGUGUCAGCAGUUUGAGGAAAAACGCCUGCGCUUCUUCCGGGAGGUCUUGCUGGAGGUUCAGAAGCAUCUUGACCUGUCUAACCUUCCCAGCUACAAGAACAUCUACCGAGAGCUGGAGCAGAACAUCCAAGCAGCAGACACGGUGGAGGAUCUGCGGUGGUUCCGAGCCAACCACGGCCCUGGAAUGUCCAUGAAUUGGCCGCAGUUUGAGGAUGAAGAAUGGUCUGCAGAUCUGAACCGGACACUGAGCAGGCGAGAGAAGAAGAAGGCAUCAGAAGGCGUGACUCUGACUGGGAUUAGCCAGACGGGCGACCAGGCCCUGCCAAACAAGCACAGCAGUAACCUUAGUGUCCAGAGUGACACAGCACAGUCAGUGCAGUCCCAGUCAAGUUACAACCCCUUUGAGGACGAAGACGACACAGAAAGUAUCGUCAGUGAGAAGGAAGACAAUAAGCGGAAAAAUGUCAGCAGCUAUGAGAAGACCCAGAGUUACCCGACCGAGUGGUCUGACGAGGAGGCCAAUAAUCCAUUCUCUUCCACGGACGCCAAUGGGGACUCCAACCCGUUUGACGAAGAUGCUACGUCUGCUACUGAGGUGCGGGUGCGAGCCCUCUAUGACUACGAAGGCCAGGAACACGAUGAGCUCAGCUUCAAGGCUGGAGACGAGCUGACCAAAAUCGAGGAUGAAGAUGAACAAGGCUGGUGCAAAGGCCGUUUGGACAACGGGCAGGUCGGCCUGUACCCAGCGAAUUAUGUGGAAGCCAUUCAGUGACCCAGGAGGAAGGCAUCGCAGAAGUGCUGCGUUCACUGUGGGCCCCUGGACAGAUGUGUGUAUGGGUGUGUGUGUGCGCGUGCCAGUGCUGACAGACACACACGUGGUGUAGAUUGUACAUAUUCCUUUUCACGCACAGGAUGAUGGUUCUGUUGCUUUGGGCUUCAGGGGGCGUGUGCCAUUGGAGACAGCUGGUAGGUCAUGUCUCUUGGGCUUUGUGAAACCCUCUUCCUAAUGCAGAUCUGGAGGUCUGAGUGUGAAAGGCAGUACAACCCAGAAUACCCAGAGUCCUUGGCUCCCCGGCUAGCUUUCUUAUCAUGGAUUUGAAUAACCCCACAUCUUUCUCUCCUUUCUUCCUCCAAUUAAAUGGUGGGUUCAGCUGAUUAUUUUUUUGUUCAACUGAUUAUUUUCCUGUCAUCUGCACCUCAAAUUAAAAACUUACAGUUCAUUUUCUUAGUGAUAUUUUGGAGAUUUGUUUUAUUUCAAGGCUCUGUACAGUUAGACUUUUUUUAUACACCUUUUUAUUCUCCCAUUCACUUCUCCUUAAAUUAUGACGCC